CUAGCUGAAACAUUUCUGAGAAGAGACCAUUUUGUAGCAGAGGAAGCAGAGUCUCUCUGCAAGGUCCUCACAACGUAGUUCUGAACUGAAAAGAGCAGUUCUUGGACAGAAGCAGCUGGGUGUUGGGCAAGGAAUUCCUUGGAAGUGUCCACACUGAGAGAAUACAUGGCUGUGUCMUCGACAGCACUGCUAUGAACACUCCCUGAGUGCCUGGAGGAGAAGACAUGGACCUGAGGAACAUUCCCUACCGCUCCGACGUGCUCAGCUGGAGCCCAGAUGACUUAGCAGACUAUUUCAGGACGCUAAAGUAUAAGGACUGUGAGAAAGUUGUGAGGAAGCACAGCAUAAAUGGACAAAGGUUUUUGAACAUGUCUGAAAAUGAUAUUCAGAAAUUUCCAAAACUCAGAGUGCCAAUUGUGAGUAAAUUAAGCCAAGAAAUAAGCAAAAAUGAAGGGAGACUCUCUUUCCUUCCAAGAUGGGCCCAACCACAAAAAUCUCAUGAAAACCCAGGGUAUGCUCAGGAUGACGGUGGCUGGUCUUCAUUUGUGAGUAUUUGUGUUAAGAGAACCCCCCAGCUCAGGGCAUUCCUGCUCCCUGCACUGGCUGAAU